UCCCUUUUGGUGCGUUGUUUUGCAGUCUCAUUCCACGCAAACUCAAAUUCUCUCUCCUCCCUCUUGAUCACUUGAUGUCACUUUUUCUUAUUAAUCAAAUCACCUAAAUUCUUCUUUGAGUUCAUUCACUACACAAUAAACCAUAGACUUAGUAAAAAUAAAAACUCAAAUCAAACUUCAUAUGCAAUUCAAUUGAUCGGAUCGAAAUUAGAAAAACCCUAAAAAAGGGUUGAAUUUUUUAUCCCCAAUUUUAUCUGAUUGUUUGUUGCGGAAAUUGGGGGUUGAGAAAGAUGAUCAAGGGGAGGAGUCCACCUAAGCAUCGCCAUGAUGGGACCUCCCCUUUACCUUUGGGGAUGGAUUGGAGUUCGCCUCCAAAGAAAUGGGGUGGUCGUGAUACUGCAUGGCCUCAUGAUCCUCGUUCUGGAUGGAGUUACAGUGUUACUAUUCCUUCUUGGGUUGCGCUUCCAAAAUCAAGAUCAAGUGCUUCAGAUCCUGUAGUGUUUUACAGGAUUCUGGUAGGUAUUCAAUCACCAGCAGGAGUUACAACUACUCGAGGAGUAUUGAGGAGGUUUAAUGAUUUUCUGAAGUUAUUUUCUGAUUUGAGAAAGGCUUUUCCUAAAAAAAGCCUCCCAUCUGCUCCUCCUAAGGGUCUUUUGCGAAUGAAGAGUAGGGCACUCUUGGAAGAGCGAAGGUGCUCUUUAGAAGAGUGGAUGUUAAAACUUCUUUCAGAUAUAGAUAUAUCAAGAAGUAUGGUUGUGGCAUCUUUUCUCGAAUUAGAAGCAGCUGCUAGAUCAUCAUUCCAAGAAGCAGGGCAGCAGUCUUCUGAUGCUAAUCCUUCUACAACCAGCAGUAUAUCUUCGGAUCAAAACCAUCCAAGUUUCAGUUUACCUGUCCUUGCUGGAAGUUCAUCAAUCACGUCAGAUUAUGGUAGUGACACGGCUUAUGAAACAUCUGACCUUGGAAGUCCUAGUUUUGGGCGGGAUGAUGUCUCUGAAGUCGGCCUAGAAGAGUUAACAUUGGAUGAAGAUUUGACUAGUCCAAUGGAAAAGAUAGUUAAGUACAGCAUGUCUAAUAUUGAUGAAGGGUUGUUGAUGGGAGAAAGUAUCCUGGAUCAGCUGGAAGGUUUCAAAACACUUAAGGUGCAAAAUCGACAUGUUACAGAAAAUGGGAGUGCUCUUAAAUCUGUAAGUUUGGCUGUUGAUAGGGCAGGAAGUUCAUUUGAGGCAGAGCCUGCUAAGGUAGUCAACCAUUUACGGAAGUCUUCGAAUGAGAGCGUGGGGAGUGAUUUGAGUUCAUAUAGGGGUGGUGAAAUGUCAAAUUCAUGGACUCCAAACCUGAUCAGGGAAGCAUCUUUUGACCUUCAUAACGGAGCUGAGGCUUCUAGGACCAUGGGAAGUCCUAGCAGUUCAGAACUGCAAUAUAGUGUUGGAGAUAUAGUUCUCCCAAGAGACCAGCAGCCUAAGUUAGAUAGAACUCUUAUGAUCAUGCAGCGCAGAUUAGUGACUGCAAAAACUGAUAUGGAGGAUCUCAUUUCAAGAUUGAAUCAAGAAGUUGCUGUCAAAGAAUACCUUACUACCAAGGUGAAAGAUUUGGAAGGUGAACUUGAAACUACUAAAGAGAAGAGUAAGGAAAACCUCCAGCAGGCACUGUCACUUGAAAAAGAAAGGAUAACUAAAAUGCAGUGGGAUAUGGAGGAACUACGGCAAAAAUCUUUAGAAUUUGAGCUCAAGUUGAAAUAUCAAGAGGAUGCUAAGUUGCCUGCAGACACCAUGAGUUUAGCUGCUUUCCCAGAGAAGGAUGAAUUGUUGCAAGAGUUGGAAGCUACUAAAGAUAAAUUUAAUAUCUUGUUAAAGCAACAUGAAGAGCUGGAGGUAAAAUCUAAAUCGGAUAUCAAGGUGCUUGUUAAAGAGGUUAAAUCUCUGAGAAGAUCUCAAAAUGAACUGAAGCAAAAACUUGAAGGUUCAUUACAGGAGAAAAGUGAAGUGGAGCAACUUCUGCAGCAAGAAAUGGAGAGAAGUGAACAUGCCCUGGUUGCAAGAAGAAAGCUGUUACAUGAUUGUCAAACCCUUCAGAGUCAGCUUCAGGAGUGUAAUAUUACAUUUGUAGAUAAUAAUUUCGUGGUCGAUUCAUCCUCGAUAUCAGAUGUUUUAGAUCUCCUGGCAGAAUCUGACAAGCAAAUCGGUCUUCUCUUGGCAGAGACUCAACGUCUAGCUCCAGAGACAAACACGCUUCCUAAUUUUGAUGAUGUGAAUGCAAUGGAUCACGAGUUGAGGGUUGUAUUAGGAGAAAUAGUUUCAGAUAAUGCUAACUUGAGGAAGCAGGUGAACAAUAUAAUUCGGUCUGCUCUUCAUACAGAUAGUUCUACCAAUGAAAACAAUCAUCAAACCUUGCCUAGAGAAACCGUUCUAAAACAGCUUUUUGAGAGUUGAAGAAACAUAGUACAGACCUAAAUUUUACACUUCCUUUGUAUGUAGUAUAACUGUAUCAGCAAGAAUCCUUUGGAUAUUUGCUUGAUUUUAAUCUUUGGCCUUGUAAUUUUCCGGGUAUAUUACAUACGAAACCUUAGGAACAGUUCUUUGUGAAUACAAAGAAAGUUGUAUCAUCUCCCUUUCCUGUUCAA